CUUUUACUGUUCCAGUUUUAAGCUUUAAAAAUCUAACAACAAGAUGAAAACUCCCAUAACAGUACUGCAAGAAAUGAUGAUGAAACUUGGACAGAUUCCAGAGUAUGAAUGUGUUGCUCAGUCAGGGCCCCAACACCAGGCCACAUUUGAGUUCCGCUGUAAGGCUUUAGGUGAGUCUGUCUCUGCUUCUGCACGAUCAAAGAGGGAAGCAAAGCAGGAAGCAGCCCGUGCCAUGCUGUUGUGUCUUUCUACAAUAGGUCACCGUGUACCCCCACCAUUUGCUACUGAAUUUACACAACCCUCUCAUAGUAACCAAUCGGCUGGCGAGUGCUCCGAGGGCAAAGCGCCCACAGUGGACAGUCGCAGCUAUGUGGCGCUGCUGAAGGAGCUGUGCGAGGAGUACAAGCUGCCGGGCGUGGAGUACGCGCUGGUGGCGGACACUGGGCCCGCGCACAUGCGCCUGUUCAGCGUGCGCGCCAGCAUCGGCCUGCACUCGCGCGACGCCAGCGGCACCACCAAGCGACAGGCGCGACAAAAAGCCGCAGCCGACCUCUACUUGUUCCUGCGUGAAAACCUCUCGCGUCUCACUCAUGAUUUCGUUGAGGAACAAGCGCUGGUGCGAGCCCACGAGCGCGCCAUGGAGCGGUUGGUGGAGACCACUCCCGCGCCCUGGAAGCCGGACCUCGGCCAGCGCGUCUCCGAGUACCAUUACGGCCUCAUCUCGCACACGGAUCCCGAAAAACGCAUGGCGGCUCGAGCCGUGCUAUCCGAGACGGACGACAUAGAGGAGGCGGCUGAGCGCGCGGCCGCGGCGCUGGAGCUGCAGACGUGCUGGGAGACCCUCGACCCGCUCCACGUGCUGAAGCUAGAUGCGGCCCCGGCUCUAGCCUUCAGCGGACACUCGCGCGCGGACGCGGCCCGGGCGGCUCUGCGGUACCUGCGCCGAGCCCUGCGCGACGUCUCCCCUCCGCCGCCCGCCGCUCUGUGACCGCGCUGUGACCGCACUGUGACCGCGCUGUGACCGCACUGUGACCGCGCUGUGACCGCACUGUGACCGCGCUGUGACCGCACUGUGACCGCGCUGUGACCGCACUGUGACCGCGCUGUGACCGCACUGUGACCGCGCUGUGACCGCACUGUGACCGCGCUGUGACCGCACUGUGACCGCGCUGUGACCGCACUGUGACCGCGCUGUGACCGCACUGUGACCGCGCUGUGACCGCACUGAGCGUUUCGUAAGGUCGUUCACGCAUCUAAGCAUUUUAAAAAAUGAUUUUGCAAAACAGACGAGACAGCAAAUAAAAUUAAAGUUAAUAAUGAAAAAAGGAGUCCUAUUUUAUUAUAUAUUAUCUACCUAAGAAAAUUAUAAGUUUAUCACAUGGCUAGAUGAUUUUUUUGUAAUCUUGCUGUGUAAUAAAAACGUGUAAUGUUGCUUCUGUAAUAAAAACUAAUAUUUUCAACUGUAA